AUGGCGGCACCUCUCAAUCUACGCCUUGCAUCUCUAGACUGUGAUGACCCGUGGAUUAUUGAGCAGAAAUAUUUUACGAUCCUACACGACUGCUUGCAGCCAACCAGCGAGAUUUCAGCUGCUGAGGCUGCUGCGGCAAUAAAUGAACUGACCCCGAUGAAUCGCGAGGCAAAGGGAGAAAAUGCAGAGCACCCAGAAAGCUGGUGCUUGGAGUUCUGGGGAACCAUCAACGAGAUUGUGAAGCAAAUCCCUCAUGAUCAUCCAUCACAAGAUAAAAUGGUUGAGAUCAUGAAAGAGCUGAAAGUCUUGCCGGGAGUCGAAGUUCACUUUUCCGAAACGGCAACAACGCGAAUUUGGACUGAUCUCCCAUGUUUAAUGGAAGUAUGGAGCGAAGCUUACAUCACUCCCAGCCCGAAGGAUGAUGCUUGCGUGUUUGAGAAAUGGAUAAAUUGGCAGGCAUUCUCAGCCCGUGUCCUUCAGGCUCGCUUAGCAGAUUGGUUUCAUUUGACGACCUGGUCCUUCCGUGACGCACUGGAGGAAGAGCCUCUUGAAGAAAAGGAAUUAUUGGAAUGUCGAAUCCGUGCUGCUGCGCAGUGGAUUGAGCAUUCCAGGGACAUAAUCUUUCACUUCCUUGACAAGUUACCCGACUUGAGGGAUCUGAGACCCGGCCCUCUAUAUGUCAGCAAAGGGGGGCUGUGCCGUGAGAGGUGGGACUUUUGGGAAGCAAGAUUCCGUACCUUGGCAGACAACGGGAUGUUUGCAGGGGAAAAUGCUUUCAUUUGUCACAGGGCUGCACAGCAAAUGGCCGCAAUUGCUGCAAUCAACGGUGGCGAUGAUGAUCGGGGUUUUGGUGAGACAGCAAUACCAGAGGACCCCCAUUAA